GGGCACCUAGGAGACUCCAAGUGGGUGAUCUGGUCUGGGCAUGGAACUAUGGGCCUGGUCAUCUCUGGGUCACAACUGUGGUCUGCAAGUUCUCUGGACCGCUUUCAUAUAAAGUAGCCUUGGGAGACGGACGCGUUCUUCGCAGACACAUUGACCAACUGCAUUGGAAACUGGACUCUCACCCUUCCGCUCCUGGUUCUGCUCUGUGGGGGGAGGAGGACCAUAAUAUGCAUUCUGAGGUUCAGUUUCACAGGCCAUCAUUAGCCGCUGCUGAGGCUAUGGGGGAGUCAUCCCAAGGUUCCGCAAGUGCUCCCAACAGGAAGUCACAGGAUAGGGUCAUCCCACACAGUCAUGAGUACUCCAGACAGGGAGUCACACCGGGGGUAUCCACAUUAUUCACACAUAUCACAGAGUGCUCCAGACAGGGAGACUGACCGGAGGUAUCCACAUAAUUCACAAACAAGAGAACAAGAAUUACUGCAGAGGCACUGGCCCAAUUCUGCAAUUGCUCUCAGAAGGAGGUCAACAGGGAAGGGGGUAGCCAGGGAGGCGACUCCUGACUCUGGCACUUCCGGCACAUACUUGGGGGCCACAGAGUACUGGGGCACUUCAACUACCCAGCACUCUCCAUCUGCUGGCCUUGGGUUGAGGGACAGUGUUCCCAAGAAGGGUCCAUUGUGGAUCCGGGGACUACCAACCAUCCAAAGUAUGCUGGCCUGGAUUUAGAGGGUCCAGCCAGCCAGGAGAUGGGUGGGUCAACCAGGUAUUCGGGGCAGCAAAGUCCUGGCCUGCUGAGCCUGGUAGGCAAGCAGGUAGGCCAGGCAACAGCACCAGGGUCACCUGGGAAUUUAGGGCAGCAAUGCCUCGGCCCACCUAGCCUGGUAGGCGAGCAAGUGGGCCAAGCAAUCUCUCCUGGUCCAAGGAGGUCGCAGCAGGCCAAGUGCCCACCCAAAUAUCUUAGGGAAUUUGUGAAGUUGCUGUCAAGUUCAAAGGGCCCUGAAUAAAGGGGCAUGGUUAUUUUGUAUUAUUUUCUGAUUUUGGAUACAUUUAUUCCCAAAACGAAGUGGAGGGGGUUUUGCCUGAGGGUAGCCUCAAAUAUUCCACAUUCCAUGCAUUUGAUUUAUGGAACUAUAUAUCACUCCCCCAAUGUAGGUCGUACAUGUAUGUGCACAGAGAUGUUCCACUAGGGGGGAGAGGUGUUGCGUCCUGAGCCUGCAAAAGCAGGCUCGGGACGUUGCAUUGAUCCCGGGCAUUCAAAAAGCUGCCCGGGACCAGACUGAGUGGCGCCAGCCUUGCGCGCAUGCACAGGGCGCAAAAACACUCCACUACUUGUUGCCAUUGUGUCCGGGUCUCUGGGCAGAUAAAGAGAGGCCUGCGUGCUGUUUGCGUUGUUGGGGUGUUGCUGUUAAAUGAAUAAAGAGCUGUUAACUACACAAUAAGUCUUCAUCAUUUGCCCACGAUCGAAGGACUUAACAACUUCGAUAAUGAUAAUGAAUCGUUUGCAGGCAUUACUUGGCUGUAUUGUGUUAAUAAUCUUUCCCCACCAUUUCCCUCUGAGAGCCAAAACGUUAGAAGCAGCAUUACUUUACUGAUGGAGUUGAAUAUUAAUUAUCACUAGAAAGAUAACCAGUGUGUGCAUGCUGCAGUCAAGUUCUAACAAUAGUGCAGUUUGAUGUAAGCCAAAAAAUGGCCUCCAGCGUCUCUCAUUUAGUUCCUGAAGAUAUUGGAAAGAGGGUGAAUAACAAGAAUCCAACAAGCUCCAACCACAAUUUGAGAACUGAUAACUAGGGCAGCAUAUUAGGAGAUUCCAAGACUUGUCUUGCCAAACAUGUAUUAAGAAUGCUACUGGGCUGCUUGGCUAUCCAUCCAAAAGUGAGGGGAAACCCUUAAAAAUGAACAUACAGCCUUUUAACAGAUCAUUCUUGAUAAGUUCAACUCCUCCCAGAGAAGCCAAAUCUUGCUUGCUCAUCUGUAAACAAGAUAGAGUGGUGCCAGAUUAAUUCUGCUUUCCUUUAAAUUGUUUCAAAGAGGUCUUACAUUAUGUAAAUACAAUAAAUGUCAUACAAUUUAAAAAGAGCCUGCCUCUUUCUCUCUCUCUCUCUUUCUUAAACUACUUGAAUGUUUUAAAAAAAAAAAGAACACCGCCCCUUUCCUUUGUCCUGCCCCCUUCUUCCUUCAGAUUCUCGGGAAAGAUUUUUAUACUUCUCUCUCUUUCUUUCUCUCUCUCCUUCUCUCUCUCUGCUUCUCACCCCCACCCCCACCCCCAAAAUACUAAAUUGGGAGACUUGGCGAACUAAACAAAGCAAGCCUGGCUGCCAGGAGCAGUCUAAGAAAAAAGCCACAGGCUGAUUGUGACAAUGAGGGGACUGUGCACUGUGGCGUCUCCCCCUCUUCCAGAAUCUCAAUCCUUGAUGUUUUCCAGGAACUGCCCACUUGCCUGUCUACCAAUCAAAACAGAUUCGGUGAGUGGGACGGCCCAACUUGCUAUACUAAAAAGAGACCAAAGCAGAAUAAAUCAGGAGCAGCUCAUACAGCAAGAAAAAAAAAACAUGAAAAACCCAAUGUAUGAAAUAGCAUCCCUGUUACUGGAAAAGUUACUUCUGCUUUCCAACUUUAAAAUUCUGCAAACAGGUUCCAUGGAAGAGGAGGAGAAGAAGAAAAAACAUGUAUGUUGUUAUGACUCUUCCUAUUUCAGACCAGGAGAUUUGCUAGAAGUGCCCCGCACUCUCUUCAUUCAUUUUGGCAUUUAUUUGGGAGAUAACCAAGUAGCACAUCUUAUGCCAGACAUUCUGCCUGCUUUCACUAAUGAUGGGAAGUUGAUCCAGAAAGUAGUGACUAAUAAGAGACUUAUCUUGGGGGUCAUCACAAAAAUGGCAAGGAUCCGUGUGGACACAGUGGAGGAUUUUGCUUAUGGAGGCUCCAUCCUGGUGAACAGUAUGGAUACAUUUUUCAAAAAUUGUAUCCUUUGUAAUGAUAAAGUGGUCCACAGAGCAAAAAGGCUGGUGGGCACAACGGAAUACAGUUUACUCUGGAACAACUGUGAACAUUUUGUGACCUUUUGCAGAUAUGGCUCUCCAGUCAGCUUCCAGACAACCAAGUUCUGUGAAACCAUGAAGAUGAUCAUUCGAGACCAGAGAAGCAUACUUGUUUCAGCACUGCUGGGAUUGAUUUCUAUACUUUAUUUGGGUCUGGGACUUUCUACUACUCUUCCUACUAUCAUCAUUCCAUUUAUGCUGUGGAUGGCUGGUUAAUGAAUCCACCUGCUUUACCAUUUAUUGGCUACUAGAUGACCCAUGGCCCAUUGAGUCCUCUUUUCAGAGAUAUUUCCUUAUCUAAACAAAGAAACAGAAUGACAGGCAAAAAAGCAGUGGGAGCAAAAGCAACUUCUGGCUUCUUGCUGGCUUCCUGAUUGACUUUGCUUUUGGGAAGCCAGCAGAAAGUAUCAGAAACCACAAUCACAUGACCUCAGAUGACCACAGAGGCACUGCAAGAGCCACAAGUUUAUGAGUACAACUGAAGAGCCUUAAUAUUUCAAUUCCAUGGGAGUAAUGGAUUUUCUACAACUUGUUCAAAUUAGCAAUCUGAAGUACGUUGCUUCAAAAACAGCUGCUUCAAAACUGGUUGCUCUAUGAUGCAACAUUUUGGUCAAUUGAAGGUUACAAAUAGACAAGACAGAGUUUUAGUAGUAUAUUGGCAUUCUAUUGUAAAUAGAAUGUAUCAUGUAUUUAUGAAAACUCAAACUAAUAAUAUUACACAGUGAAGAAAAUGUGGAAUGAUUAGCAUGCAGCAUAUAGAAUACAGUGAACAAGCAAUAACCUGUAAAUUAAGCAACUGGGUUUUGUGAAAAAUUUUCCAAGCAAUUUCAGGGAUGACCAUAUCGGAUUUAUUCCCAAGCAAAAGUGUCUAAUCUGCAGUUUUACACUCAGCAGUACAUUUUGGCAAACUUAAUGAAGGUGACCUCCCAAGUAAAUUUGCAUAAUUUCAAAGUGAAUAAUUAAAAUUAUCAAUGACAUUCUCUUGGAUAUAGGAAUGUUUUAGUAUUCAGAUUGUACAAAGCAAUGUACAGUUUGUUUAAUAACUGCUAUUCUGCUUUGCAUCUUUUUCCAAUUUCCCUACGUUUACAUUCACUAACUGUAUUUUUAUUUAAAUGACAUAACUGCAUUUCAACAUCCUGCUUGGACUUGAGAUAAUAAAAUAUUUGCACCAGAAUUAUCUUUGCUAUUCCCUAUUAAUGAAAUCCAAUAUAAAUCAGUUCAAUGGGCUUCUGUAAUCUCAAGAUAAGUGACAAGCAAAUUAAUGAGAAAGACAUAUGCAGCUAUCUAUUUUUGGAAUUCUUUUCACACUAUAGACAAAUAAUUUUCAGUCAUGGAAAAGGACUCACAGACCAUUAUUGUGCCUUUGUUAGAGCUUCCAUUAUAUAGGAAAAAAGCUUACCUGAGUUUGAGGAAUUCUGUUAAAAAGACAUCAGGUUAUUAAUUACUUCCUGAAAUAAACACCUGGCUUGAUAAGAUCAGAUACCUUGUGGAAAAUUGUGAAAGCAUUGCUGUUUUUUGCUGUUUAGAAUACUACGGCACACUUCCUUUGAAUCUGCAAGUUGCAUGUUUGCCAUCAUAACAACAAGCAUUAAUCUAUGUCCAAUUAACAUUCAUAUAGUUAGACUGUACAUGUACUAAUGUAUUAUCUCUUUCACAUUUACAAUUUCUUUUGCUCCCUGUCUUUAGACAUUUAAGUGUAUUGAGACAUCAGAAAUGUAAUAAUUUAAUGAUGUCCUAUAAAAUAGAGGUAUUUUACAUUUCAGUAAAAUAGGUUAAUUUCCAUGCUAUGUUGUACAAUUUCUCUGCAUCCCAUUAUUAAAUGUAUUUAUGGUACAGAGACAAAGGAAAACAAACAAGCAUAUGAUUUUUUUAAAUUUUAACAUGAUAACGAUAAGAUUAUGUAUAUUUUUUGCCUUCUCUUAAUCUUACUUCAUUGGGCUGCAAACAUGCAGCAUUUUUACACAAUUCCUAUCAUCUAUGAAAGUGCUGGUAACUCCCUAAAUAAUUAUAAUAAAUCACCUGCUAUGCUGAUAUUCAAAGAAAUAAAAUGGCAGGUAGUAUGUGACAUACAUUUACACCCAUUGCUCCUGUGGAAACUGAGUGAAGUUCCUGCUUUGUGACUGUGGUCUCAGAUCCAACUUACAAAUUACGAUAACACCAUAGGUUGCAGUAUGAGUUGCUUGGUAUAGGUAAAACUACUUAGAACUAUCACAAGUGAAAUUGUUCUUGAUUGUAUAAUUAAUGCAUACCUCACAGAGAGAUGUCCAUCCAAACAGCUAAUUGUCCAAAGAUAUCCUCAGAUUCCUAAUAACUGUCAGUGUAUAAUGAAAAAUGCAUUUGAGAGCCUAUUUAUGAGUGUUUAUUUCCAAAAGAUCAGUUACUUUACAAAUACAGCGCUUAGCCAUCUUCAUGAAAUGUAUGCAUUAGAAGUUCAGAAAGUAUGUAUGUUUAUAAAUUUUACAGUGCAAUGUUUUCCCUACAGUGUAAGCUACAUCAUAACCAUGUUGUAUUUUAAACAUACACAAAUACCUGUUUGAACAUGAGACCAAUAUGUUAAUAUUUUUAAAAAGUGGUUCAUGAGAAUCUAGUGAGGAAUUGUUGGUGUGUUUGCAACUCUGCUGCCUGUACAUAAACCCAACCUAUGUUUUGGAGGACAUUUUAAAUAUACAAUUCUAACAA